AUGGAUUUAACUUGUAAAGAAGAUUUCCGAACAACAACAUAUAACCUAGAGAAGUUUCAUGGAGUUAUCACAAUGGUGGCUCUUGGCCAAGUAACAUGUAUCAAGACAGGGAGGCCUCAGACUGCUAAGAGAGCAAUUGAAGAGGUGGAGCAGCGGCUCUCAAAAGACGGGUGGCCAGAAUACUAUGACGGCAAGGCAAGGAGAUAUGUCAGGAAGCAAGCGAGGAAGUACCAGACCUGGAGCAUCUCAGGAUAUCUGGUAGCUAAACUGAUGAUCGAGAACCCAGCCAAUCUUUCACUAAUCCCUCUUGAAGAGGACAAGAAGAUAGCCAAGCCAAGGCUCACCCGCUCCGCUUCCUUUUGA